AUGAACAGGGAGCUUCAGAAGGUUAUGGGUGCCAUCCAGGAACAAGAGGAAGAAUUGAAAAGAGUUCAGAAAGUGGCAGAUAAGCUCGCAAGUGCGGUAGGAAGUUUGGCCAAACAAGCCGAACUGGCUAUGGGACGUAACCGCAAUGNGUUCUCGUCGAAUUCGGUAACUCGAGGUACAGGGAUAUGUUCUUGGCUGCAAAAGCCAAGAUCCAUGCUAACACAAAUUCCCGGGGAAGGAUAA